AUGAACGAGGACGCCAGACGCAAUAAUGUCGCCCGGGACACUAUCUCCCAUUACAAGGUCGCCGCGUAUGGCGGCUUGGCGGGAGAGGCUCUCUGGCUGGCCAGUUACCCCUUCGACGUGGUCAAGAGCAAAAUGCAAAGCGACGGGUUCGGCGCCCAGCAGAAAUUCAGCAGCAUGACCGAUUGUUUCCGAAAGACGUAUGCUGCGGAAGGAUUUCUUGGUUUCUGGCGCGGUCUUGGGCCGACUAUGCUGAGAGCUAUGCCUGUGUCCGCUGGAACAUUUGCAGUUGUCGAAAUGGCCAUGAGAGCACUGGGCUAG